CUGAUCUCGAAAGGUUCACAGCUUUAGUUUGAUCGUCGGAUCAAGGGAAUUUCAGGGUACGUACAUACUGCACGACCUAUGCGAUACGUUUUUUCAUUUCUCUCUCCUAAACUUCAGCCUUAAAGGUUAGUACUAGUUUAGUUUGGGUGAGCUGAACCUCCAGGAGAGGAAGUGAAUUUUGGAAUUGGAGGAAAAACCUGAACAUCCCCAUGAAUGACACGUAUUAAGUUUUACUCAGGUAUUGUAACACCAUCUGUUUGUUAAUCUUGGGUGUUUAAAUGACUUAUGUCGGUUUUCUUUUUAUCAAAAGGGAAAUAAAAGCUGAAGAAAAAACCCACUGUGGAGUGAGCUACGAUUUUCCUUCGUUUUUUGAGAUUUUCGCCGCCGUGAAAGAGGUACGUAAGAAGUUCAUCUUUGACUGUCGUCAUUCCUCUUGUUAUGCAACCUGUUUGAAGUUUUCCUCAUUCGGUUUCAAAGCAGUGCGCUAGUGUUAGGCAUCCAACAAACACUCUGGACAAUCUCUCGUUUUAAAAAAAUUCUGCUAAAUUUUUCCAUAGAGAGACGAGAGGAAAGUAUGGUUAAACAGACAGUGGCUAGAUCAUUGAUCGUUUGGGCGUUGUUGCAGUUAUUGCAUAACGCCACCUCGAUCCAAGAAGGUAGGCUUCUUUCCACAGUUUAGAGCAAGUUUAAAGUAAUUCUAGAUGACAUUGGUUUUGCUUCUUUUGCUGUGUGAUGUGUCAAGAUUUAUUUCAUAUUUAAAACAGUCGCCAGUUGGUCACUCUCGUUUUCCUGCUUCUGUCAGUUUGCAUAUCUUCUCUUUGAGUUCUCACUUGACCCCCUGAGGUAAUUUCCUCUCUUGUGAUUCGUCGCUGCAACUUUUUGAGUUUGGAGUUACGACAUUCGAUCAAAAUGCGCCCUAUUUACAGUAUUUUGAAAAUAUAAAUGUAAUAUUUGAAUGUUCUUUCGGCCUUAAAUACUUUUAAAUCUCAGCUCGUAACCGAUAUUGCUCUUAUUUUCAGGUGGGGCACAGGAUAUCAACCAUCAACUCACCCGCCCUGAACGUGUAGACGGUAGACGAGAGAAACAAGACCUCUCAACUUCGGAAAAGGUUUUUUUUUCGUUCAAUUUCAUGUUAUUUUUUUGGUUCUUUACUCGUGCACUGGAUGCACUUUUAACUGUGAUCCAAGUGAUCCAUUCAGCGCACUAUUUUAAUAAACAACUUUUCGUAUUAACAUAACAAUAACAUUGGACAAGUGAUCUUUAUAGAGACAUUUUGAUGAAUAAUUAUUUUGUAUCACGUUGUUCUAGGGAGGUCACGUGGAUGAUGCCUCUUAUCGAUUGACUGCUUUUGACAAGGACUGGACCCUAGAUGUUAAACGAAACAAGUAUGUUUGUUGGCAAACAUUUCUUUUUACUGAAUCAGACUCUUGAAGUAAUUGAUUUGGUUAUACUAUUUUUAUGCUACCAACAAGACCUAUGGUUACAAGAUCGUUGAAAUUUACUUGUUUAUUCAUGUAUUUGUUCGCUAGUUAUUAUUUCUUUUGUCCUUCACUUCAUUCCUUAUGUCGUUGUUUGGCUCGCUUAUUUUAUCAUUUUACAUUAUAUUAUAUCUAUUUAUUUCUUUGUUUUCUCUUUUCAUUCACGAACUGUCCCAUUAUGUUCUUAUGUGUGGAUAUGAGUCAUGCAUAUCAAUAUGUCAAUAUAUCACGUUAUUUUGCUUCUCCUUUAGAGAGCUGAUUCCUUCAUCAUUCGCUGUUCGCACGUUCGAAAAUGAUGGAUCAGAGGUCAUACAAGAGGUAGGUAUAAGUUAUAGAACAUAUUAGAAAGCACAAGGUUGAUCAUGCAGUCGUAAACGUUUGGUUUCCAUAUGCGAAUCCUGUCAGAGGCUUUUUAUGGACGAAAGCUUUUUCUGCAAAUUUAAAAACAAACUAAUUUUCUCGUAAUGACACCAAGUAAUUGGUUCUGCAUCUAUGUCAUCUUUGCUGGCUGAACAUCUGAAAAUAUCGAUUUUUUUUAGCUCUAAUUUAAGGUGGCUAACAGCAAUUUAUAGAUAAAUGCGAAUGCAAUCUCUCUCUCUACCAGUCACUUAAAUAUCGAUAACAUCGAACUCUAUCCACAUUUGCAAAUGUGUUAAACUUAUGAUAGUGAUCCGUCAAUUUAAAGAUGAGUAUUUAGUUUUAUAUAAAAGAUAUUACCAUGCUUGAGAAGAUACGAAUUUCUGGAAACUUUAAAAGAUAAGGGGGUGGGGUGGGUGAGGGGCCAGGGCCAUCUAACGUUAUGUUCAUUGUAUGCACUUCUCUCUCAGGGUAAUUACGAUCAUUGUCACUAUCAAGGUACCAUACGAGGCCUGAAUGAUUCUCGCGUUGUCCUGAAUACCUGUUCGGGGUUGAGGUAAGGUUUUAUUGCUGUAGUAUGACUGUAUAAUGCAUUUCAAACAUGACAUCUUCACUAGAUUAAUUCGAUACUAUGUACAUUUUACAAAUGUGUGCACAAAAAGCUCAUAAAAGCAAACAGGAUACUUACAUUGGGUUUAUACUUUAUAAGAAGCGUGUAGAAUUUGCAUGACUUGUUAUCUUGAUUUGUUCCCUUUACUGCAUGCAGCAUGAGAGGGUGGAAGCAAGGGCUUGACAACGUUAUGUUAUAUCUGUUGCUAUUGCAUACACUAGGGAGCUUUUCAGUCGCGUGUUUUAAGACCAACACCAAAGCAGUUAAAAAAGCUAACAAAGGUCAAUAUUUCAGUAAGCCAACGAGAACGCAAAGUAGAAAUAAGUGAACUGUUUGAGGCGCGGGAAAACGUGAGUGAAAAACUCAUAAUCUAUGUGGCGUCUCCAUUUGAUUGGUUGAUUGGUUAGUUAAUGCUGGUUUUCUUGUCCAAUCGCACAUCGUAGAAGGGGAAACCCAUUGAAAUGCAGGAAUUGCUUCCGUGUCACUUGAAAAUUUCUUGAUAUGGAAAUGAGAGAUAUCAAUGUUGUUUUUUUAGAGGCUUAAUAGAUGAUGGUCAUGAAACGUUUUACAUUAUACCUGAGACUGGACAUGAGGCAAGUUUAACUGAAAUACAAAUCUUAAAAUCAAUAGAAUUUGGUUGAACUGUAAAAUAAUUUUCAUCCCUUUAUUUUACUAUACACAAUAUUUUAAAAAUUGACUUUGUUUGUAUAGUUUUUGGCCAAAGUUGAUUGCUAUUUUUCACACUAGAUCUCUGUAGCAAGUUAAGUUUUUAGUCAAAUGAAUCAUGUCGCUAAAAAUUUGCUUCCUUUUUACCUUCGUUUUCUUUAAAAUCGUUACUGUAUCAAAUUCCAGGAAAAUGGAACUCACAGAGUCAGUAAAGCUGAAGAAGACGAGUCCCAAGAUAUCUUCCAUAAUUGUGGUAAAUCAAAAGCUCACAGUACUUUGCGAAAACAUAACAUUCAAUGGGUGCGCCUUUUUAUUUUGCUUCAAAGCAUCUAAAAAAGGUUUCAUUUGUUGUCUUUUGCUAUUUUAAGGACUUUAUCGCCUCAGAGAAAUUCCCCACAGAUACUGUACUUAUUUGUGGUGUCAUGUUUAUCGCGGUUGGUACGUUUGAUAAUCACCAUUUUUCUUUCUUCAGGAAACGACGAAAUUCAAGCAGACUCCCAUUUCUUAAACGAAACUUCUGGACCAGUUGCUAGGGUAGGUGGUUACUUUUUAGACAAAACACUAUUUUUCAUCACUACUCUAAACAACUGUGUUUGAUUAUUUUGGUUUUGAUCCAGAAGAGACGUAGCAUAUCGGGUCAUAUUGAUGAGUCCUACAAGAAAUACCUGACAACUGAUGAGACGCGAUAUACCGAAAUUUUCAUUUGUGUUGACAAUGAAAUAGUAAGUACUGUUUAUUACAAAAGAUAAAUUAUUUGCUCCUUAGACCGAUUAUCAAAACAACUUCAGCCUUUACCCUCACUUUCACCUUCACUUUUACCUAGAUUUAGUUUUGGAGCCAAAGUUCAUUCACUCACAUACUCACCCACUCCAUACUGUCUAAUCUGUUAGACAACUAAUUUAUAUAUUAAAACUUGGAUCAACCGCAAUAUCCCUGCCUAUCCUACUAGGUUUGUCUCUCUCCGCAUUAUUUUCUUCUUUUUCUUUAUCUGGGGAAUAAGGCAAAGGAGGAAAUUAUAUCAGGUACACCUAGAAAUCUCCCGAUAACCGGGUUGACGUUAUUUGUAUUUUGUUUUUUGUUUUUUUUAACACCUAAAGAUUAUAGGAGCUCGCGAACUCAGAAUUGUUUUGAUAAUUGACCUGAAACUUGAAUUUCCCCACAAUGAUGAUCAUGUUAUCUGCUUUCAACAGUACCGGAAAUAUAACAGGGAUAAAAAUGUCAUCAAAGAUCGAGUCAUAACAUUAGUAAACGCUGUUGAUGCGGUAAGUUAUCUUUACAGCUUUACUUUAGCUUCCCUUCUCGCAAAACAUUUCUUUAUUUGUCUUUUAUUAGAAAAAAAUAGCAUACCUCUUGAACCUCUCCCCUACAUUCACACUUUCUUUGUUUAGAUUAACCCUAUCAAUCCCAGAAAUGCCAAAAAUAUUUUAGUUCCUGGUAGUUUUCUUAUCCGUUUUAUCUUUGUGGGGGCAGAUCAAAGAUUUUUUUUAGAACGGGGUGUAUCAGUAACGAGUCGCAUAACUGACGGGUUGCGUAAACAAAAUUUUAUCGCCAACAACAAAUGGAAGGCUUACAACCUGCUGAAUAAUGAGGUAGAUUUUGUGUAACAAGGAAGUUAUAUUAGAAAGCCGCAUGUCGUCUAAGGGAGGGGGGGGAGGGGAGGUUGCGCACCUCCUGAACCCCUGAAAUGACCAAAAACUAAUUAAUAUUGUCCUCACAUUUUCGAUGCUUUUUUUCAAAAAAGAGCAAUUUUCACAAUAACUUGAUCUGACUUUGCCGCCGAUAAGUACAUAGUCAUUACGCUGUUCUUCUUAUUGCUUAGAUUUCCCAAAUGGUACUGAACAUAUCAACAGUUAAUAACGAAUUAAUUAAUUAUUUCCCAACUAAGUAUCUUUGAAAUAUCUUGAUUUUUUGUCUCUUGUAAAGAUCUAUCAGCGAAUUAAUAUCAGGAUAGUUCUGAAGUACUUGGAAAUCUGGACAAACGGAGAUCCUUUCGGGCGUGGGCGAAAUUCAGGGACUGAAUUAAACAAUUUCAGGGCCUAUCGAAAUAAAAAUUUGGUGAAAAGGUUCCCUCAUGACAACGCUCUUUUACUGAGGUAAAAUUUUUUCAUCCUUACGAAAUUUUUUUCAUACCUCCCAACUCAAAAAUUUCUUUCGAUUAGAGAAGAAAUCUUUUUUCAAAGGGUAAAAUCGAUGGGGGUAGUUUGAGUCACAACAUAUGAUCUAGAACAUAGCGUCCUUAACCGCAAAAAAAGUUAUCCUUCUCAGGUAACCCUGUAUCAUCUAAUCUCGGUUGGUCGCUAAAAGGACCGAAAAAUUCCGUGUCUUGCCAUCUGUGUGGUAGAUCAUUAAUUUGUUAUGACACUUAUCAGAGAUUGAUGUAAUAGUAUGCAUAUACUAUACUUCCCUUCGGGGCUCAGGAAAAAAGCCGAGCAACGCGCAAAAUAUCCAGGGGUAUUGAACAAGGACUAUUUAUCGCGGAAAAUGGUAAACAGUAGACAGCAAAAGUUCGUUUUUUGUCUUUGGCUGGUCAUUUGAAUUUUGAUACCUCCAUCGUCGAGGAAAGUAAGUUUUCCAGGUUUAUUUCGCUUCGUUUUUUUUUUCCAGUCACAGAAGUUGGGACAAACAUAUUGUUGGUCUAGCAUGGGUCAAUGCGAUGUGUGGCGGAAAUUCAAACUCUAUUAACGCCGUAAGUUAUAUGAAGAAAUAUGACUUGCACUGUUUUUGCUUCAUUAUGUCCUGAGAUCCUUUAGAAUACCAAUCACCAAUUUCAACCAAUCAGAGGCAAAAGAAACACUAGUCGUGAUUUGAUAGCCAACGUUUUCCCGCGCUCUAGAAAAAUUGGUUGUUUUGACUUUGGUCUCCCAUUGGUUUCCUGUAAUCUUUUCCUUCUUUCCUGAUGGGCUUUUGUAACUACCUAUGUUUGGAUUUACGGCACUCGAUCGAAAUACUCCUUAAAGUGGCGCGGGCUUUGGCUUUUUAUCAGCAUGCUCAAAUAUAGGAAGAUUUCUUACCCGUCCUGGAACUUAAAGGUCGACAUAUGGUUGAUAUUAAAUAUGCCUCAAAAUUUUAGGAGCAAUAACAUCCAAGACUCACAGGGAAAAAAAAAGCUCAUGAAUCAUAUUCUUUUUAUUCGUAGUGGUCUUAUAGCAGUAUCAUUGGUCCUUAUGUAACCGUUGCUCAUGAAAUGGGCCACAACUUUGCGUUCAAUCAUGAUACAGGUAGGAAAAAUCUAAUCAUAAAUAAUUGUAGAGAUGAUCUUGGGUUACGUAGAGUUAUGUAAGAAAAUAAUUAUGAUAACAUGAAAAUGCACACGAUACCUACAGGCUUUGAUGUCAUAGAUGAGGAGGCAGAAGUAUAAUUUUUAAAUUUUGAUUUAAAUUUGUUUGUGUUUUACCCAAAUCUAAUAAAACUGUUAAAUAUUGAUAAAGAUUUCUCGAAAUAUCCAAAAUGAAUUUCGACUCAGAAGUCUUCGAUUUUCUAAAACUAUUUUACAGUUCUAAACUUCUAUCCUUGUUAAAUUGUUCAUCUCAACCGUUAUUUUUUUCUUAUUCUCUUAUUUACACAACCUUUCGUCUCCAUGCAGGGAACUGCAAGUGCUUAACUCCACGAGGCUGUUUCAUGGGAGGUCACAAGUAGGUCAUUCUCAAAAAAAUCUGGCGAUGAGAUACACUUGCAUUACUUGGCGUAACCGAGCGGUAAAGGCGUUGGACUUGUAAUCUGGUGGUCCCGAGUCCAAGUCCUCCACCCUGCCAUUCACUGGCUUUGUUCUCGGUCGCCCCUAGUUCAACUCAAUGGCUGUGCUGCGUAAAUAACCAACUGGUCUGCCUCCUGCCAGUUGAGAUUUUCAAGCACUCUAUGUUUGUCUCAGUCAUUGUAAAGUACUAUCGGAUAGCAUGGAAAUAGCGCUCUACAUAAAUAGUGUGUUAUUAUUAAUACUCAGGUCCUCCUUAAUAAUACCGUCCAUUUCUAUAGCUAUUUGUUGUUUUGUCACAGUCUUCAAUGAAAAUUAAAGUAAACCACUCUCUCUUACAAUGAGUUCUAUUGUUGAGUUAUUUAACAAAACAUUAUACAGAAACUCAGUCAGUAAAAUACUAUUGAAUACAAAUAAAAUCAUAUCAAAAAGUUGGAUGAAAACAGAGCAACAAUAAAAGUGCAAGACGAAAUUCAUCGCAGUUGUAAAUUCGUGCAAGACAUUUUAUUGAGUAGGUGAUGUUUACGUAUCUGCUAUAUUUGCAUCGACUGAGAUCUGACGAGAAAUUUUCCCAAUUUUGAUUUCAGGACUAGACUUCCAGGAUUUUCAGAUUGCAGCCUUAAAUCGCUUCAAAAGAUCAAUGAUGCGUGCUUGUACAACGUACCAACUUACAAGGUAACCAUAACAAACCAGAAAAAGAGGAGGGGGAGAUUGCGGAUGAUAAUUUAUUCAAGAAUUAUCAGCCUUUUAAUUAUAAGCAGCCCUAAAAAUAUCGACAAAAUAAAGGUAUCCCCCAUGUAAUGGAGUCCUUUCACACAACAAAGAACAAACUCAUUUUCUAGUCAAAAUUUGGUUAGCGUUCAGAUGAUACUUAAGGGCUUAAAUUCAGCAAAUUUGGAUGCAAUUGUCACAAACAUGGGUAUGAUAAAUAAAACGUCAGAAAAUGUAUUAUUUGGAUUUCUCAUUUUUGAUCACUGCUUCGGUUUCGAUUUCGGUUGAAAUAUGCACUUAAGUAGCUAGAAGAACAUCUUGAAGCUGUUGAUUCGUUUGGUUUUCCUUUAGGCCUACAACAGUUAUUGUGGAAAUGGCAUACGCGAGAAAGGAGAGGAGUGCGACUGUGGGACCCCUGAGGUUUGUAAAUGAUUUGAGCAAAAUUCCUUUUUUAGAGAGUUUGGGUUUAACAAUUUAAUACACUAUUAUGUGUUUGUUUAAAUUGCUUUAGCGUGGGGUUUAUUGCGAUGUCUCUACAAAGGCUGUCGUAAGGACGUCUUAAUCCUUCAACUCCCAUGAGUGACCAAGACAGAAUUUCUCCUUACAAUAUUAGUACAAUAUCAAGCAGACAACUUAUGAGAAUAAAGAAAAAUAUUAACUGAGGGACUUUUAGUUGAUUCAAUACCAAAUUCUCUAGACUAAAUUCUCUAAACCAACAUCACAAGAACUACAUGGUAGACAGUAAGGAGAAUUACUAAUGAGAUCUUGGGAGUUAAAGGGUUAAAUUGUCCAACACUUACAAUAGCUGACUACUUUCAUGAUGUGACAGCAUUCAUUCUUCGGACACGAUCAGGAAUGAUGAAAAUGGUUCUUAAUCUCCUCAGAUGUGCCAGGCCAAAGAUCCUUGCUGUGAACCUCACAACUGUGUCCUCAAAAAGGAAUCACAGUGCAGUGACUUACAUCACUCAUGCUGCAAGAACUGCUUGGUAACAAAAUAAUCAACAAUCCCUUGAACAUUACGGGCUCAUGAAACUGAGAAGUGUUGAGUUAGAGACUGCAUGAAAUUUAAAAAAGAAUUUUUGAGAUUCAACUGACAACAGUUGCUGUGAGAAAGUGCCCUUUUAAGUAAAUAUUAGUCUGAAUUAUAUAUUUAUCUUUUUCUAGUAUUCCCUCAAUUACAGCUCACUUACGAAGGCUUUUCCUUAAAUUGAUCAUCAUCCACAAGUCAAAAUAUUAUCUACUUCUUUUGAAUAUGAACGAAGAGCACGAUAACACGGGCGCACCUGAACGGUCAGGAAGCAAGCCUACUUUCAAUUUUUAGGGCAAAUUUGCAGAAGAAAACAAAAAACGACACCAUAAGGAGAUCUAAUGUUAUUUCAGUUACCCACAAGAUCAGUUUUCUCGCGAGAAAUGCGUAGUAUAGGAUCCAAAAUAAUUAUAGCAGAUAGAUUAAAGUGUUUCAUCGUUGAAACGAUGGUUCUUAGUACUUUACGCAAUCUAAUUGCAAAUUCUGACUCUUGUUUAGUUUAAGAAACAAGGAACGUUAUGUCGUGGAGUCAAAACUGAUUGCGAUGUUCCAGAAUAUUGCACUGGUGCUUCAAGAGACGUAAGAAAAUUAAGAAUUUGACUCAGAAAUUAUUGUGAAAUGGAAACCACCGUGUAGUAGCUAACAAGUGGGUCAUUGUCAAAAUAUGUUAUGGCACUUUGUUAUGUCCACAAUAAAACGAACAUACGGCGCCAGAAAUGGUCGGAAUACUAGCUGCAAAAUUCGUGUGCACAACUUUAUCAAUUCACUGCCGAAGUUACUAUCAGCCGUGUGUAUGAUUUUUUUAAAUCGCACUAUUUAUGCGGUAGUGUAGGGGUCAGCGUGUUAGUGAAUCGCUCAUGUCUAACAUAGUUUGGGUUUUAAUACCGAUAAAAGAAUCGUUACUCUAGAUUAUCUCAAGAACAAACCUCAAUUAUGCUUAAUUACUGAACUUUAAAAGCUUAAAAGUUGAUCACGCUUACUCUUUCAGUGUCCUGAAGACACCUACAUCAUCAAUGGAUAUCCAUGUAGCCAAGCGAAAACGGUACGUUUCUCAUGAUCAGAAAGAUAUCAUGUUACAUAGUUCAAAACGUUAUUCACUUUUACCGAAGUGCCACUAAGUUCUGUCUCUAAAUAUUAUGAAUUUACCAGUAAUGUGCAUAACUAGGUGACCAGCACUCAUUUUAAAAGAACAAUAUUUCCAACUAGUUGUCAUAUACCUUUCAUCAUCUCGUCGGUCUUCAAUGCGAUUCCUUUCUCCCGUGAUUUUUCUUCUCGUUUGCUUAUUUUCACGAGAAAGGUUUGGACAAAAAACGAAUAAUUCGUGGCACGAAAAAAACAGGUUUACAUUUACUUCUCUUUGUUAUUUUUCCUUUAAAUCCGUGUACAUCUAACUCGCUUGACUAAAAGCCAGAAAGCACCGCUGAGCCGGUGUAUUCCUGUCUGCAAAGUGGGUUGUGAAGAUAAUUUUGCCACUUACGAGUCACAUUUUAGUUAAUUUGAAGAAAGUCCUUGGGCUAAUCAUUGAUUUUUUUGCUGAAAUGCUUUGAAGGUUAUACAAGGAAACACUAACUUCUACAGUGUGGUCACAAGGGACUUGAACCCCAUGAUCAACGCUCGUUAUCUUCGUAUCAAUCCUCAAUACUGGCAUGGCUGGCCCUGUAUGAGAACUGACUUCAUGGGAUGUUCUGCGCAUGAAGGUAAUGGUACGCUACAAUGCUACUCCACGUUGUUGCGUAUAUCUUGGUCCGGAAGUCAAAUAAUCACUCUAUUUUAACAUGUUUCUUUACGUUCGUUCUGAUAGUAAGUCCAACUACUCCUACACCGCUAAAGUCAAACAACUUUGACCUUUGUCUGGCUCCAUCAAGCAAGAGUUGUUCCCCACGUGACAACGAGCUCAUCAUAUUUGUAUCCGGAAGCAGAUGCUCAGAGAGACAUUUUCAAUUCACGCGUGGCAAAGACGGAUUGUUACGCCACGCUUGCAGUGGGAAAUUGGUCUGUCCAGAAAAUGGCGGGACGCAUGAUGGUGCAAAGAUUGUGGUCAGCAGGACUUGUAAAGUCGCAGACUCGAAAUUUAUACGAACCGUAGGUAAGUCCAAAGAAAUGCAUAUUACCUCCUUAGUGGCCACCUCUCGAACUGAGAAUGUAUUCAACAAUCAGAGGUACAUAUAUACACCUUAUUAGCUGAUUUAGAAAGAUAUAUUUGAAUCGUAGGGUAACGUAGUUUCCAUCAAUGUUUGUGCUUCUUGGGUUCUGUUGUUUACGUUCCCUGGAGUGGAGGGGGGCUGGAGGAAUUCUUUCGGAAGAUUUUUUUUAGGUGUUUGCCUCAGUGGAAUUAAAAUCUUGAUGCUAAUUGAGUCAAAAUCCAAUAAUUUCGCUUCCCAGGUUAAGGCAAAAAGUUUUAGGACAGUUUUACAGACAAUUGCCUCAUGUACGGCUACUGAACUUAGGUUUCCAAUAUUUCAUGAAAUCCUUAAAAAAAGCCACUUUCAACGGAAAUUUUCACCGCUUACCAACCUGCAGGUAUUUCAAGUAAUUGCAUUCCGUUUUGUUUUCUGAUGGCUAGGUCUAUUGUUUGUUUGUUUGUUUACUUAAUAGGGCGAUCUUUAAAGCACGUCAAGUCUGGCAGAUGUGUUCAUCCUACGGGAUACUGGCCAGGAAACGGAAGACAUCUGGUAAUAUGGUCUGGAUGCGAUCAGCACAGGCUACAACUGUGGUUCGGGAAACAAGGUACACCUUUUAAUGAUAAUAACAAUGAUAAUAACAAUAGUAAUAAUAAUAGUAAUUAUAAUAACAAUAUUUUAGCAGGGAGCCCACUUCACCGAAAGGUGCUCUUCAGUGGGGCCCUGUACAUACUACAAUUAACUUCAAUUAAAUAAGAACUACACAUGGUAAAAGAAUAAAAACUAGAUUAAACUUUUUACCAGAUAUCACACUUUUAAAGUAUACGUUGUGGGAAAAGCGGUGGUCUCGUGGUUAACGCGACGGUUUAUAUAUGAAAAAGGUCCUGGGUGGGACCUUUUUUGCUGUGUAGGAGAGACACUGGCCUCUCUCGGCGCCUUACAUCCUAUCCAUAGCACCCAAUUUUUUUAAGAACUUAAAUUCGAGUUAAAAAAACUGGUUUAUACUUUCCUCUCAAUACAUUACAUAGUAUAAGUCGUAUACUUAUAGAUUGUGUGGAGCCUCUUGGAAUGCAGAACGGUGAAAUCAAAGACCGCCAGAUUACUGCUACCUCAUAUAGAGCUCAGGAUUUUGCGCAUUAUGCAAGACUCAAAGGCAAAAAAUACUGGUGUGCCAAAGCUAAUAACAAGGCCGAAUAUAUACAAGUUGACUUGGGAAAGGUACGUUUUGAUAAUAGAUUAGAAUAGUCGGAUAGUUUAUGAACAAUGCAAAAACAGAAUACGAGGAAAGAUGGUAAGGUGUAUUCUGAGCACGAGCGCCUUAGUAAAUAAAAUUUUGUACCCUUUACAAUACCUUAGGGAGACUCGCGAUCUAGUUCUAGUUUAAACGCUUUAAGGAUAUAUAUAAUUUGUUAUUUUGGAAUUUUUAUCGUUUCGUUCUUGCAACAAGCCUUUGAGAAUUGUUGAUAAUCGAACACUUCUUCUCACUUUUAAUCGAACAGAAACUUGAAAGAAUUCAUUUUUUAUUCGAGUUUGUCGCUCAAGGAAUGAACUACCUCUUAGCAUUAAAGAGCCUAACACUUUGUCAGUCUUUGGCCAGAAACAGGUUAAUUGUUUUAAUGUUAAAUUUCAGCGCUAAUUCGUUAUCGCAGUUCACUUAUUAUUACUAUGAGUUUAGAUAAUUUUUUUUGUAAUUAGUUUUUCAUAUUGAUUUUUUUUAAUUAGGUAAAGAAUUAACUACUAGAAUCUUUGAUACUGUAAGGCGGCUUAUGGCAAGGAAUCUUGUAUUCUGUCCUCAAAAUUUAUUGGAUCGACCGGUGCAACGUGAUUUAAUUUGGAACGUAUAGUAAAGCUUAAAGAAUCCCUAAUCUCCGAUUUUUGUCGAGAGGUCAUUCAUUAUUCAAAAGCAGCCAAGUGGAAUCGAUUGUCAAAACUCAAAGGUGAAGGCUUUAUGGUGUUACCUGUCUUCUAUCCAGUUAAUCAUCAGAAAAAAAAAAUUUAGUGUUUUGUCAGUUGUAACGGAUCAUAGGAUGAAGUCAUUAUGUUUGACCCAGGAUCAUUUCAGAGUUAUAUCCUACAAAGCCACCUCUCGCCAACAGAGCUGCUUCAAACGUAACUGAUCAUCAUUAAGCAUUUUCAACUUGGUUGUUACCUUUAUAGAUGGACUUUUAUAUAUUGUCUUAUUGUCCUUUUACAAAUCUAGGUUAAAACUGUCAGUAAAAUCCUGAUGCAAGGCCGUGGAAACUGGUACGACUGGGUGACCGGCUUCUUCUUACACUACAGUUACGAUGGUCAGCGGUGGAAUACUUACGCCGAGAGUGGUGACGAUCAACAAUCCGAUGUAAGCAAAGGAUAUUGUAAUCACUCAAAGUCAGUUGUCUGUUUACUUCUAAGAGCCUUUUUUGUUUUCUUUCCCAUUUCAGUCCUUCUGUUACCUUGGAAAGUGCAGCGAAACUCCUAACACUCAGUGCAAGGACUUAUGGGGAGCUAGUAAGUAAAUGUGCUCAUUUCUUUUUGUCUUUUAUGUUACUUAGCAUUUUGAUACAAACACUAGUUGCUGUUACUUCAAUACAUUAAAUAUUCUUUUAAGAUUUGUACUUUAUGUUCAAUCUUUAUUAGUUGCCGAUUUAAUGUUUUUUCCUAAAUAAAGGUGUCUCACUUCAAGGUUCAUGAAUUAUUUCAAACAUUAUGUUUUUUAGUUAAAUACUAAAAUAGACCACAUUACGAGUACACUCGACAGGAUUUAGACCUAAAACCCCUCAAAUGAGGAAAUUUGGAUGCUAAAAGCCUCUCGGUUCAAUUAUAGUUAAUUGACGUCUUCCUGCGCUCCGACAAAGGGCUAACGCUCGAAUCUUCAGCUUUACAAACUCUAUACAGGUGGCCCAUUUACAGUAUCAAAUCAGUUGAUAAAACCAAGUUACUAUGUUUUACCCCUAACGACGCAGCACCACAGUUUCUUCAAAAACUUACCCCCUUUAUUCAUUUGAGACUAACUUGACCUAUUACAGCCGCCACAAGCGCUGACCAAGGAUGCUAUGACAAACUGAACACUGAGGCUAGAGGAUAUGGUACAUGUGACCCAACAACUAAAAGACGUUGUGCUUCAAGGUACAUGACAUUCUUUUUAGUGAGCGGAGUACCAUUCCUAAGAAAAUUUAUGAAUUUCUUAAGUGCAAUUUACAAACUACACAAAGACCGCUCGAUAAACGGCCAAAAGAAGAUGACAUAACUCUUUGUUUUACAUACUGAAACAUCCUAAGGUUUUAAUAAUGAAGAGAUUUCGUUUCAUGAUCAAAAAAAAAAUUCUAAUGGUACAAUUAAUGAAAAAGUAAAACAAUUUAAGUGAUAACAAAAUGUGUUAUUUAACCAUUAGCAAGAGUCUUCAAACCCAACCUACGUAAGAUUUCAUUUAAAGUCCUUUUAACUAGUAAAUCUUACUAGUUUCUUACGUUCUGUGCAAGGAGGCGUGUUACGUUAUCAGCUUGGCGGCAACUAAUUAAUAUAUUUUCUCCAAGGGAUGUUUUAUGCGGCCAGCUGCAAUGUGAAGCGGACGAUAGCAGAAAAAAACCUGUUGUUGACUAUGGACGGGCCAGAGACAAAAAGAUAAUUUUGCCUUCCGGGAAAAAAUGCAAGUUAGUAUUACUUUCUUUUUGUUACUCUGAGAAAAAAGGGGUCAACUUUUAAAGCCUCUCGUAAGCUAGAUGAUAAGGACGAGUUUCAAAACGUUAUACUCGUAGUGUUUGACUUUGCCUUUGCAAUUUGACUUUGAGGAGUUUCUCUUUUUUUUGUAAAUCCAUAUUUAAACUUACUUUUAGAUGCAUUCUGUUCAAUUCCCUCACAUAUCUUAAGAAACGAAACCAUUAAAACGUACAAUUGAAAAAAAAACCGUUUGAUCACUUUUGGGUCAUAUUUUCAAGAAAUGCAAAAACACGUAGUCAAACACGGUUUUACUUCUCACAGUGCUGUAGAACUGAAACGUGGUGACAGCGUUGGACUGGGAAUGGUAAGAGAUGGAACAAAAUGUGGACCUCAUAAGGUACGACACCAUUAGCCUCCUUUUAAGUCCCUUUACGGAUUCAUCCUGUCACGCAGGCUAUCAAUUAAUAUCUAAACAUAAUCUUAAACACUCAGAACGUUCCUGUUUCAUAAAUAUAAAGCCGUUUGGGGAAAAAAACCGACUCCUUUCAUAUACCGUGAUUUCCCCGCUUUAUUGCACAUUAGGAAACAUUUUUCUCCACAAUCAAUUUAUCGUAAGAAAAGUAUGGAAGAACAGCAACCAUUCGGUUACAAGAGUUUUAGUGAGAAGAGUUCCAUGUUGAAAGAAUUGCUUUGAAUAUGGAGAAAAUUAUUUAGAAAAAAAAGUUCUGGGUUAUUACUUAGUAAAGAGCGCUUUCGGUGUCCUUCUAAGAACAAAUGUGAGUCUGCUCUCUCGUGUCCAUCCACCCUCCGCGCGAUUUCACCUCUUCACAAUACGCCCAAUGUCGAUAUAAAUACACUGUGAAUAUGUUUACCUUAGUCCGAAAGUUUACUCCUGCUUAUGUAUGUUUAAGAUGUGUGUCAAUUACAAGUGCCAGUCACUCAGUUAUCUCAAUGUGGUUGGCAAGUGUCCAGUAGUCGGCAACAAAGAGUGUGCAGGAAGAGGGGUACGUAAUUCUUAAUGUUGAGUUCGUGAGAAGCAUAAAAAUGGCGUUAACAUUCUACGCAGUCUAAGUUUUACACCAUCAUGCAAGGGAGAUCCCCUUUUUCCUAGUCAACUGUAUGUAAUUUGCAAGGAAUGAACAGCUGUCAGAAAAAACAAUAAUCACGUGGAUUCUCAACGAACUGAUAUUUGCUAUUGACCCGAGUAUUAUUCGCAGAACUUUUUCUGUGUCUGACUUGGAAACUCUGUUGAUAAGAGCUUGCCUAGUUAAACUAUUGACGUAACAUAUUCAGAUGUCUCUUUGGGAAGUAAGCCCAAUGCGACUGAAUGGAAAGCAGCGCAAUGUGAAUUCGAAUAUAUAAGGCGUGACUUGAAUCACGAAAAUUCACUGAAGUCACUAGCAUUUUCUCAUUUAAAUUUUAAUCAUUACAAAAUGUUUCUAGGUCUGCACUAAUAAGAAGGUUUGCCAUUGCCAAGGAGGAUUUGAUCCCAAAGAUGGUUGCAAGUCAGGUGAGAGCCGAAGGUUUUUUCUUUGAUAUUCAAAUGUUAUUUUCUCAGUGAGAGCUAUUUGCUAAUAUCCCUUGCACUUUUAACUUCCUUGUGCAGAGCUGUCUCCACGUAACGGAGCCUGGGGUAGGUGGUCCUCAUGGACAAAGUGUGACAAAGGCUGCGAUGGCGGAAAGAGAAGAAGACAUCGGUACUGUGACAAUCCCCUACCUCUGCAUGGUGGAGCUGACUGCGCUGGACAACGGCUCCAGACAAAGGAUUGUAACACACAGAGAUGUCCAAGUGAGCGAAAGAUGUGAACCAAGAAAAAGUUCUUGUUCGAUUGAUUAACUUACUUUCUUGUAGUUAGUUAUAUCAGUGUGUUCACUGAUAAAAACUUCACAAGACUAAGGAUGCUGUAAACCUGAAAAUUUUUUGGUAACUUCGGAUGCAAUUUGAAGAGUACAUGAGAAGUGGUGAAGAAAGCUGCAAACUAAAAAAACAACUUGAACUUUGAAAAGAUGAAAUGAUCCCAGUAGUGAUGAUUUACAAAUUUUUAGUUGAGAAACAACUUCGAAAAUGAGUAAUUAUUCUUCUCACCGUCCAUGAUUCAUUCUAUUGUUGAUUCCCUCCUUAUCGGCAAUUUAUUGGUAGUCAAUUUUCUUUACUCCCCUCCCCCCUUAAAACUCUGUUGGCGGUGACUAAUCCCUCCCUAAUCCCUUGAAACCAUGUGACCCCCCCCAAAUCCUCAACCCUCCCUCCCCUCCCCCGGGCGAUAAAUGAUGGCAAGUCUCUUAACCUUUUAACACCCAUGGGUGACUAAGACAGAAUUUCUCCCUACAACUUAUACCAUCAGUAUAAUAUCAAGUAGAAAAUUGAUAAGAAUAAAGAAAAAUAUCAGUUAGUUGAUUCAAUACCAAAUUCUCCAAACAAAUAUCACAGGAACUGUAUGGCAGACAGCAAGGAGAAUUACUAAUGAGAUCAUGGGAGAUAAAGGGUUAAUCUCGUUCUGUGGUUGUCUAUGUGUAUUUCAGGGGUGAUUUCAUGCCGUCACUUGCAACGAAUCGCCAGAGAAAAGAACCAUUUCUACCCUGAUGGAGUCUACAAGAUCUACCCCACAGGUUCCCGGCCUGUUAUGACCUACUGCGAUAUGACACGUGACGGUGGAGGAUGGACGUUACUGGUUACUAGCCACACCAACAGCUGGAAGGCACAGAAUGUGAAAUUACGAAACGCAAACUACCCAAAGUUGACUGAUGACUUCUCUAUUCUGCAAUAUGCGGACAGCAUUAAGAAUAACAAAGAAGUGACCGGAACUACGUUUGAAUAUCGCCUAGAGGCUCAAAACAGAGGUAAUAAAUUGUUUCCGAGGUUGAAAGAGGAGGGAAGGUUGAAAAUACUUAAUAGAAGUUGUGACCACAAGGCAGUGGUACAUGAAAGAAGAAGCUUUUGUGAUCCAAGACUCCCGUUUCCCUUCGCUUAGCAAGUUUGCCCGAGCCAUCUUCCCCCUCACGUCCCAACACGACAUUUUGGAAUAUGAAAUUGAAAGAAGGACGUUCACACGAGUACCAAAUGUAAUUGCAUUGGAAAUCGUUGCUACGCUAUUUUUGCCCACAUAGUAGGAGUGGCCAUCUUGGCUACCAUCACGCCUCUCUGGAAUUUUUAUUACCUUUGAUGAAUAAGCUCAUCAUGCAGAGCUCAUCACAGGCUUUCAGUCAAAGGGUAAAUAACUCUGCCAAGAGGGGAAUCCACUCCCAAUAACUUUACCUUCACCUCGUACUGCAGUAAGGCAGUGGCAAACUGAAGUGAUACGUCGAUACAUUUACUAUCUUCUGUAUCCUUGAAUCAAAUAACUCUUAUGGGGAUAUUUUAUUAAAUUUGUUCUUCUAUCUACAUGAAUAUCUCUGGAAAAGUUUUUACCAUCAUGAAAUUCCAAGAAUGAAACUUAGUUUUUAGGUCUUGAGACUAAAAUAUUGUGAUCUCUUUUCAGGUCGUUGGGGAGGCAUCUGGAAGGCUCCAAGGGACUACACCUUCACAGCCACCAACAACAAACAAACGAAAGUUGAACUGAUCAAGAAGUUUGAUAAUUGGAAAUAUUCAAACGGAGGCAUUGAACAAAGAAUGCCAUGGAUUUCUGGUGCCAGGUUAACCACUUCCGGCCAUGCUCAACACUCUUGGUGGGGGUCAAUAACAGGUAAACAUUAUAGUUAUGAGGUAACAGGUGAACGAAGGGCUAAUGUUCUUCUAAUUUUCUAAAUUAGAAGCUAAUAGGUUAUAAAAAUCCGCAAGUCUAAAAAUCUCUUCCAUUCCAGGAUUUCUCCCUAAAUCUUCCAUUCAGAAUAUCGUUAUCUAAUGCCUCGUUGGCAUUCCAUAAUAGUAAUCUUGAAGCAAACGAUUUGAGCUUUGUUGUCAUAAAUAACAAUAACAAUAUAAUAAUAUCUAGCUGUUAAAAGUAUAAUACCAGAGCAGACUAAACCACAGUUCAAACAAUCAGUGGCAUUAAUUUUCUAAAAAAAAUUGUCUAUUAAAGGUCGAAAAAAUGGGGUCAUUAUGUUUAUUUUUUCCAUUAUAAUAAUUAUCUUAAAAUUAUUUAUCUUUUUAGGUGACGAUAAGAGUUACCAUCCCGCACCUUGGAUUAGUGGAGACCGUAUGGAGAGUCAGCCAUCCUACAUCUGGUACUGGAUGAGGGAGGGAUCAUUCAAAGGUUCCAUUUCCGUCUCGGGUAUGUCUGGGUGUUGUUUACCAAGGAUAAGUUGAUCGAAAUCCAGUAAAAGAAGCUACGUCACGUCAUUUUGUGUCAUACUGAGCAACACAGAAAAUCGCUAAGUCUGUUUUUGACUCCCGUGCAUAUUCCGUCUACCACCAUAUCGUGCAUUACUCUUGUGUGACUUUCUCACACGUUAAAUCGGAAUCCAUUCUCCCGCAUGUCACAAAAUCGUGUCUGGUUUCAUUUAUAUGAGCCAGAUCUCAGACGGGUGUAAAAGCGUUACCAUCCCCAAAAAUCAGACCGAACGAAUUGCUAUUUAUAAAAGGCCAGUAUCUGACCUGUUAUACAGUCGUGAUUCAUAUAUAUAUAUUUAUAGGAGUGUUUGAAUUCAAUUUGUUAUCAUUUCUGCGUGGCCACUAAAAUUUGGUAAACUGUACUAGUGCGAAAAACACAGUGAUAGAGGCUACUAAGUCCAAAAACUGUACGUCAAACCGAUAAAGCCAAGAUUUUCCUGAAAAAAAAGGAUUUUCCUAAAAAAUUUUUUGUUGUAUUUGGCAAAAGAAACCCAGUCUGAUUAUUCAGAAGACUACCCUUAAACUGAAUUCCUUACAAAAUUAAAGCUUUAAAGUAAUCUAACUCAAUGUCUUUUUUCUGCUUUUAGAUUGUCAGGAUGGCAACAAGAAUUGCAAGUAUUGGGCAUCGCAUGGUCAUUGCAAAAAGUCUGCUAAUUACAUGUCUAAGAACUGCCGUAAGAGUUGCAACCUUUGUCAAGGUAUGUAUAACUAAUCAGUGAAAACUUUAAAAUAGAGUAAACAAAAGUUUAAACAUUCUCAUAAUAUUUGAUUGUGGUAUUAUUUGAUUGUAAUAUGAUAUAUGGUAGCUAUGACUUUAUGGGCCCAACCCAAAUCCCGAGUUGAUAACCUCAAAAAACUCUCAGUCUGUCAAACCUAUCUCUCAUAAAUAACACAAAACUUUGAAAGUGUUACUGAAGCAGAGUUUUUCAAUUUAGCCAAUGAAAAGCGAAAAGGAAAUUCUCGUUUUCAUCUAAAGAGUAUUUCUACAGGCAGCCUCUUUUUUCGACUACUAAAUUAUCUAAAUUGUCUUUCUUCCUGUUAAAACAGAGGAAGGAGGAAAAGGGCAGGGAGGCGAAGGAGAAGGAAAAUCAGGUUUGGUUUUAUUCACAAUUUCUUUUCUAUGGUUAAAUUUUGACUUUCAUCGUAUGCCCUACAAAAAGCCAUUUUUGUCUAAAAAUAAACUUUGUAUUCAAACGUCUAUUAUGAUUAUUAGCGGGAGGAAUACGAAGCUACGGUGACUACUGUGUGGCCCCAAACAGGGGAGGUUGUUCCCCUCCAGGCGGCAGUUAUCUCAUCUUCACUAAAAAGAAAGGCACGGCUUGUAAUGCAAGGGAACAGAUCUUUCGUCUUGAUCAGAAUGGCAUUAUUCAUCACAAGUGCAGCGGGAAGGUGGUUUGUCCACAAGGUAAAUUAAUGCUCGCUAGGUUAAUAUCCCUGGCUUCCGUUUAUUUUCAUCUUGCUGUCUUUGUCUCACGGUAUCAAAUACCGUAAUGACUCGAUUUAGCGUAUUAGGCGCUUAUUUUGGUAUACCUCGAGGGAUGGCACUUAUUGGAGACAGGCCCUUAUAAGGAAGAGGGCGCAUACUUGUUUUUUGAGAAACGGCAGAAUGGGCGGGAAGUGAAAGCAGUGACUUUUAUCUGAAAAGAAUCAAGAAGACCGGCAAACGGACUUGGAUAAUUCCUGGCUAGAACAACCCAGCCAAGAAAUCAUCACAAAAUUUUAAGACGCGACAUUCGUUAAAAUGAACUGUGUAUGCACUCACAUGGACAUAAUGGUUGGGAGACUGAGACAAAGACCUUUAAGAAGCUUUAAGUGAGAAAUUAAAGGAAAAUGAACCACGGUUGAUCUCAAUGUCCAUGUAAUCCACAGAAUAGGGGCGCUUAUUAGAAUGGGGGUACUCACCGUAUGGGGGCCCUUCUCAGACUAAGGGCACUUAUUGACAAAAAACAGAUGGAAGGGUGCAUAUUAAAGACGAGGCGCUUAUUAGAACGAAGGGCGCUUAAUCACAUCAUUGAGGUAAACCGACGCAAAACAAAGAAAUCUCUAUUUUAGGCAAUUACCGAACGACAGUCGAGCAAGAGCAUUUUAAUUUUGCCUCGUUUUACUCACUAAACCAAGUCGUUAGCUCGAUUAAGACGUGCAUAAUGAGCACGAUGGAAACUGAUUUUCUUAGUAUCCAGGGGAAUGAAGUAUUUGAAGAACUUAUUGUUAUCAAUAGAGUAUCCUGCUCAUCGAUGUUUUUCUGUGUAAUUUUGAUUUUUAGACAAUAACCCUUCCAAUGGUAAAAAGCUGAUGCUGAAGGACAAAUGCGACCGGGGAAUUUCUAGGCACGUAAGGUGAGUAAAUACGCCAGUUGGUUGUCUUUCAUUUUAGUUACAACUAUUGUUAAUCUGAUUACAUUGACAAUAAAGCGACAAAAGUAACAAAUUUUCAACAUUGGAUUCUUUGGCCAUCCCACUGUCACAUCCACUGAAAAGAAAACUAUUUCAGGUUGCAGAAAUAUCACAACCUGAAGAACCUAAAGAACAACUUCUGUGUUCAUCCGAAUGGCGGAUGGCCUCGUGAAGGAGGAGCAUUGGUUUAUUGGAAAGGGUGUGACCAGGCCAGGCUCAAGCUCGAAUUCUUACAUACUGGUAAGACAUGAUGCCAAAAUUAACAAUAAAAAAAACAUCUAAAAUCUGAUUUAUUUGCCAUUAUACUUUUUGACCGUUAAAAUGUCUUUCUCCUCGUUAAAACAGAGGAAGGUGAAAAAGGAGAGGGAGGCGAGGAAGAAGGAACAUCAGGUUUGAUUUUGUUUAAAAUUUUUCUUCCCAAUGAGCGUCUAUUAAAUUUUUUUUUUUUAUGAUGAGAUUUUGAAUUUUAUUGUAUGCUACAAAAGCGAUCUUUUUUUAAAAAUUAACUUCAACUCAAAAGUUUACUUCAUUUAUCAGCGUGAGAACUAAAAAGCUUCGGCGACUUCUUUGUGAAUCCAUCCCUCUGACGGUCACAAAAUCGCUCCUGGUCUCAUAAAUUUAACCCAGAUCUCAGAUAGAUGUAGAGCAGAUGAAAGAAAAGCAAUUUGUCAUUGUAAUCAUAUCAACAUACAAACGAGCGGGUAUAAAUACAGGGAAAAACAAGACGGUUCCAAACAUGAUUUUCAUCAAGCAUGGCUGUUCCUUAAAUCCAACCGAGCGAAUUGCUAUCUCUAAGAUGCAAGUUUCUGACCUGUUAUACUGUUGUGACUCAUAUUAUAUAUAGAAAAGUUUGAAAGAACUGACUGGUAAAAACCGGGAGACUUGACUUACAUAUAGAGAGAGGUGGUUUAAAUGAGUCACUGCAAUACGGAUAAAUUUAAUUAUUUUUGAAUUUGCGAACCUUUGGCUCAAUGCGCUAAACGAGGGUCAAGUCUACCCCUGGGUACACCGAUGGAGAUUGAUUUUACUAGUGCAUAUUUACACUACCCACUUCCCCAGUGCAGCAAAAUUGUCACUCCGAUAAUUUUCUUGAUCAGUUACGAGCUUUUCCACCUCCCUUCGGCCAAAGCCUCUCAGGACUACCAAUUACUCAGGAGUUUUGUUUGGAAAAGUUGACCCGGAACAAUGGGCCAUUUCUUGAUACGAAUUCAAUUUGUUAUCAUUUGCGUGCGACCACUAAAAUUUGGUUAACUGUCCUUGUGAGAAAAACACAGCAAUAGAGGCCACCAGGUCCAGAAAUCGUAAAUCAAAGCGAUAAAGCCAAGAGUUUCUUAAAAAACAGAUAUGGUUUGCUUUAUUUGGCAAAACUAACAAACCCAGUCUGAUUAUUCAGAAGACUACACUUAAACUGUAUUCCCUACAAAAUAAAAGUUUUAAGGCAUCCUAACUAAAAAAUAGUUUCCCAUAAAGGACUAGAGAAAAGAACAAACAACCAAUAGACUGCGCUCUAAAAAGCCUGUGUUUGCAAUAUUUUUUUUUCUGCCUUUAGACUGUCAGGAUGGCAACAAGAAUUGCAAGUAUUGGGCAUCGCAUGGUCAUUGCAAAAAGUCUUCUAACUACAUGUCUAAGAACUGCCGAAAGAGUUGCAACCUUUGUCAAGGUAUAUAUAGCCACUCAGUGAAAACUUUAAAAUAGAGUAAACGAAAGUUUAAACAUUCUCAUAAUGUUUGAUUGCAGUAAUAUUUGAUUGUGAUGUGAUAUAUGGUACAGUAUAGUCAUAACAUUAUGGGCCCAACCCAAACCCCGAGUUGGAUGAUUACCUUCAAAACACAAUUAAUGAAGCAGAGUUUUCACUUGGCCAAUGAAAAGCGUUAGGAAAUUCACGUUAUUUUCUAAGGAGUAUCUCUACAGGCUGCCUUUUUUUUUUAGCCAGAGAAAUACAAAGCUUCGGUGACUUCUUUGUGAAUCCAUUCUCCUGGCGGUCACAAAUAGCUCCUGGUUUCAUCUAUGGGACCCAGAUCUUAGACAGGGUGUAAAGCAGAUGGAAGAAAAACAAUUUGUCAUAGUUAUCAUAUAGACAUAAAAAUAAGCAGGCAUAAUUGCAGAGAAAAACGUGAAGCUUCUAAGAUGAUUGUCAUCAAGCUUCGCCAUUCCCAAAAUCCGACCGAACGAAUUGCUAUCUCUGAGAGGCCAGUUUCUGACCCAUCAGAGAGACGUGAUUGUUAUAUAUAUGAGUGUUUGAAUUCAAUUUGUCAUCAUUUGCGUGCGGCCACUAAAAUUUGGUAGACGGUCCAUGUGCGAACAAACACAGUAAUAGAGGCCACUUGUCCAGUAACUGUAUAUCAAAGCGAUGAAGCUAAGAUUUUUCUAGAAAAAAGUUAUGAUUUGUUGUAUUUGGCAAACCAACCAACCCAGUCUGAGAAGAAGACUACCCGUAAACUGAAUUCCUUAUAAAACUAAGGCUUUAAGGUAAUCUAACUUUAAAAAUAUCUGUAUAUUUUUCCCAUACAGGAAAAUCUACAAUCAAUAGAGUGAGCUCUAAAAAGCCUGUGUUUGCAAUAUUUUUUUUUUCGCCUUUAGAUUGUCAGGAUGGCAACAAGAAUUGCAAGUAUUGGGCAUCGCAUGGUCAUUGCAAAAAGUCUGCUAACUACAUGUCUAAGAACUGCCGUAAGAGUUGCAACCUUUGUCAAGGUAUAUAUAACCACUCAAUCAAAACUUUAAAAUAGAGUAAACAAAAGUUUAAACAUUCUCAUAAUAUUUGAUUGCGGUAAUAUUUGAUUGUAAUAUGAUAUAUGGUACAGUAUAGUCAUAACGUUAUGGGCCCAACCCAAACCCCGAGUUGGAUGAUUACCUUCAAAACUCUCAGUCUGUCAAACCUGUCUCUCAUUAAUAACACAAAACUUUGAAAGUGUUACAAUUAAUAAAGCAGAGUUUUCAUUUGGCCAAUGAAAAGCGUUAGGAAAUUCACGAUAUUUUCUAAGGAGUAUCUCUACAGGCUGCCUCGUGUUCGAAAAAUAUGAAAAAGGCUAAAUAAACAACUUGAUUAGUUUUUUUUUUAUUAUUAAUUUGUCUUCUUGUUAAAACAGAGGAAGGAGGAAAAGGACAGGGAGGCGGAGAAGGAAGUAAGUCAGCUUUGCUUUUGUUUAAAAUUUUUCUUCUCAAUCAGCGUCUAUUAAUAAUUUCUCUUGUAGGGUUAAAGUUUGAAUUUUAUUGUAUGCUACAAAAAAAUUUUCAUUUUUUCCAAAAAUUAACUUCAACUCAAAAGUCUACUUCAUUUUUUAGCGAGAGAAAUACAAAGCUUCGGUGACUUCUUUGUGAAUCCAUUCUCCUGGCGGUCACAAAUAGCUCCUGGUUUCAUCUAUGGGACCCAGAUCUUAGACAGGGUGUAAAGCAGAUGGAAGAAAAACAAUUUGUCAUAGUUAUCAUAUGGACAUAAAAAUAAGCAGGCAUAAUUGCAGAGAAAAACGUGAAGCUUCUAAGAUGAUUGUCAUCAAGCUUCGCCAUUCCCAAAAUCCGACCGAACGAAUUGCUAUCUCUGAGAGGCCAGUUUCUGACCCAUCAGAGAGACGUGAUUGUUAUAUAUAUGAGUGUUUGAAUUCAAUUUGUCAUCAUUUGCGUGCGGCCACUAAAAUUUGGUAGACGGUCCAUGUGCGAACAAACACAGUAAUAGAGGCCACUUGUCCAGUAACUGUAUAUCAAAGCGAUGAAGCUAAGAUUUUUCUAGAAAAAAGUUAUGAUUUGUUGUAUUUGGCAAACCAACCAACCCAGUCUGAGAAGAAGACUACCCGUAAACUGAAUUCCUUAUAAAACUAAGGCUUUAAGGUAAUCUAACUUUAAAAAUAUCUAUAUAUUUUUCCCAUACAGGAAAAUCUACAAUCAAUAGAGUGAGCUCUAAAAAGCCUGUUUGCAAUAUUUUUUUUUCGCCUUUAGAUUGUCAGGAUGGCAACAAGAAUUGCAAGUAUUGGGCAUCGCAUGGUCAUUGCAAAAAGUCUGCUAACUACAUGUCUAAGAACUGCCGUAAGAGUUGCAACCUUUGUCAAGGUAUAUAUAACCACUCAAUCAAAACUUUAAAAUAGAGUAAACAAAAGUUUAAACAUUCUCAUAAUAUUUGAUUGCGGUAAUAUUUGAUUGUAAUAUGAUAUAUGGUACAGUAUAGUCAUAACGUUAUGGGCCCAACCCAAACCCCGAGUUGGAUGAUUUACCUUCAAAACUCUCAGUCUGUCAAACCUGUUUCUCAUUAAUAACACAAAACUUUGAAAGUGUUACAAUUAAUAAAGCAGAGUUUUCAUUUGGCCAAUGAAAAGCGUUAGGAAAUUCACGUUAUUUUCUAAGGAGUAUCUCUACAGGCUGCCUCGUGUUCGAAAAAUAUGAAAAAGGCUAAAUAAGCAGCUUGAUUAUUGUAUUCUUUUUUUAUUGUUAAUUUGUAUUUCUUCUUGUUAAAACAGAGGAAGGAGGAAAAGGACAGGGAGGCGAAGAAGGAAGUAAGUCAGCUUUGGUUUUGUUUAAAAUUUUUCUUCUCAAUCAGCGUCUAUUAAUAAUUUCUCUUGUAGGGUUAAAGUUUGAAUUUUAUUGUAUGCUACAAAAAAAUUUUCAUUUUUUCCAAAAAUUAACUUCAACUCAAAAGUCUACUUCAUUUUUUAGCGAGAGAAAUACGAAGCUUCGAUGAUUUCUUUGUGAAUCCAUUCCCCUGGCGGUCACAAAUAGCUCCUGGUUUCAUCUAUGGGACCCAGAUCUUAGACAGGGUGUAAAGCAGAUGGAAGAAAAACAAUUUAUCAUUGUAAUCAUAUCAACAUACAAAUGAGCGGGCAUAACUAAAGAGAAAAACGUGACGCUUCUAAACAUGAUUUUUAUCAAGCAUCGCCAUUCCCAACAUUCGAUCGAGCGAAAUGCUAUCUAUAAGAAGCCAGUUUCUGACCUAUCAGAGAGUCGUGAUUGUUAUAUAUAUGAGUGUUUGAAUUUGAUUUGUUAUCAUUUGCGUGCGGCUACUAAAAUUUGGUAGACGGUCCAUGUGCGAAAAAACACAGUGAUAGAGGCCACUUGUCCAGUAACUGUAUAUCAAAGCGAUGAAGCUAAGAUUUUUCUAGAAAAAAGUUAUGAUUUGUUGUAUUUGGCAAAACAAACCAACCCAGUCUGAGAAGAAGACUACCCGUAAACUGAAUUCCUUAUAAAACUAAGGCUUUAAGGUAAUCUAACUUUAAAAAUAUCUAUAUAUUUUUCCCAUACAGGAAAAUCUACAAUCAAUAGAGUGAGCUCUAAAAAGCCUGUGUUUGCAAUUUUUUUUUUGCCUUUAGAUUGUCAGGAUGGCAACAAGAAUUGCAAGUAUUGGGCAUCGCAUGGUCAUUGCAAAAAGUCUGCUAAUUACAUGUCUAAGAACUGCCGUAAGAGUUGCAACCUUUGUCAAGGUAUAUAUAACCACUCAAUCAAAACUUUAAAAUAGAGUAAGCAAAAGUUUAAUUAUUCUGAUAAUAUUUGAUUGCGGUAAUAUUUGAUUGUGAUAUGAUAUAGUUAUAACUUUAUGGACCCAACUCAAACACCGAGUUGAUAACCUCCAAAGACUCUCAGUCUGUCAAACCUGUCUCUUAUUAGUAAGACAAAACUUUUAAAGUGUUACAAUUAAUAAAGCAAAGUUGUUUUCAUUUGGCCAAUGAAAAGCGAUAGGAAAUUCACGUUAUUUUCUAAAGAGCAUCUCUACAGGCUCCCUCUUGUUCGAAAAAUAUGAAAAGGCUAAGUAAACAGCUUGAUUAUUUUAUCCUUUUUUUAUUGUUAAUUUGUCUUUCUUCUUGUUAAAACAGAGGAAGGAGGAAAAGGACAGGGAGGCGAAGAAGGAAGUAAGUCAGGUUUGGUUUUGUUUAAAAUUUUUCUUCUCAAUCACUGUCCAUUAAUAAUUUCUCUUUUAUGAUUAAAUUUCGAAUUUUAUUGUGUGCUUCAAAAAACUCUUAUUUUUUAAAAAUUAGCUUCAACUCAAAAUCACAUUUUUAGCGAGAGUCGAAUUCGAUGAUUUCUUUGUGAAUCCAUUCCCUGGCGGUUACAAAUUCCUGGUUUCAUCUAAUGACCCAGAUUUUAGACAGGGUUAAAGCAGAUGGAAGAAAAACAAUUUAUCAUUGUAAUCAUAAACAUACAAAUGAGCGGACAUAAUUAAAAAGAAAACGUGACGCUUCUAAACAUGAUUUUUAUCAAGCAUCGCCAUUCCCAACAUUCGAUCGAGCCAAAUGCUAUCUAUAAGAAACCAGUUUCUGACCUAUCAGAGAGUCGUGAUUGUUAUAUAUAUGAAUGUUUGAAUUUAAUUUGUCAUCAUUUGCGUGCGGCUACUAAAAUUUGGUACGAAGCUUCGGUGACUUCUUUGUGAAUCCAUUCCCCUGGCGGUCACAAAUAGCUCCUGGUUUUAUUUAUGUGACCCAGAUCUUAGACAGGGUGUAAAGCAGAUGGAAGAAAAACAAUUUAUCAUUGUAAUCAUAUCGACAUACAAAUGAGCGGGCAUAACUGCAGAAAAAAACGUGACGCUUCUAAACACAACUGUCAUCAAGUAUCGCCAUUUCCAAAAUCCCACCGAGCGAAUUGCUAUCUCUAAGAGGCCAGUUUCUGACCUAUACGAGAGUCGCGACUCAUAUAUAAGUGUUUGAAUUCAAUUUGUUAUCAUUUGCGUGCGGACACUAAAAUUUGGUAGACUGUCCACCUGCGAAAAACACAGCAAUAGAGGCCACUUGUCCAGAAACUGUAUAUCAAAGCGAUGAAGCCAACAUUUUCCUAGAAAAAAGUUAUCAUUUGCUGUAUUUGGCAAAAUUAAACAAACAUCAUCUAACUAUCCAGAAGACUACCCUUAAACUGAAUUCCUUAUAAAAAUUAAAGCUUUAAGGAAACUUAACCUAAAAAUAUAUUUAUUUUUCGCAUACCGGAGAAUUUACAAACAAUCAAUAUAGUAAGCUCUAAAAAGCCUGUGUUUUCAAUGUUUUUUUUGCCUUUAGAUUGUCAGGAUGGCAACAAGAAUUGCAAGUAUUGGGCAUCGCAUGGUCAUUGCAAAAAGUCUGCUAAUUACAUGUCUAAGAACUGCCGUAAGAGUUGCAACCUUUGUCAAGGUAUAUAUAACCACUCAAUGAAAACUUUAAAAUAGAGUAAACAAAAGUUUAAACAUUCUCAUUAUGUUUGAUUGCGGUAAUAUUUGAUUGUGAUAUGAUAUAUGGUACAGUAUAGUUAUAACUUUAUGGGCUCAACCCAAACCCCGAGUUGGUUACUCCCAAAACACUAAGUCUAUCAAACCUGUCUCUCAAUAAUAAGACAAAACUUUGAAAGUGUUACAAUUGACGAAGCAGAGUUGUUUUCAUUUGGCCAAUGAAAAGCGAGAAGGAAGUUCACGCUAUUUUCUAAGGAGUAUCUCUACAGGCUGCCUCAUGUUCGAAAAAUAUUAAAAAGGCUAAAUAAAUAACUUGAUUAGUUUUUUUUCAAUUAUUAAUUUGUCUUUUUUCUUGUUAAAACAGAGGAAGGAGGAAAAGGACAGGGAGGCGAAGGAGGAGGUAAGUCAGGUUUGGUUUUGUUUAAAAUUUUUCUUCUCAAUCAGCGUCUAUUAAUAAUUUUUCUUUUUUAGGGUUAAAUUUUGAAUUUUACUGUAUGCUGCAAAGGAACUUUUAUUUUUUCAAAAAUUAACUUCAUUUCAAAAGUCUUCUUCAUUUGUUAGCGAGACAAAUACGAAGCUUCGGUGACUUCUUUGCGAAUCCAUUCCCCUGGCGGUCACAAAUAGCUCCUGGUUUCAUUUGUGGGACCCAGAUCUUAGACAGGGUGUAAAGCAGAUGGAAGAAAAACAAUUUGUCAUUGUACAAAUAUAAUUGUCAUCAAGCUUCGCCAUGCCCAAAAUUCGACUGAGCGAAUUGCUAUCUCUGAGAGGUCAGUUUCUGACCUAUUAGAGAGUCGUGACUCUUAUUUAUAGGAGUGUUUGAAUUCAAUUUUUUAUCAUUUGCGUGCAGCCACUAAAAUUUGGUACAAUGUCCACGUGCGAAAAACACAGUGAUAGAGGCCACCUCUCCAGAAACUGUACAUCAAAGCGAUGAAGCUAACAUUUUCCUAGAAAAAAGUUACGAUUUGUUGUGUUUGGCAAAAUAGACAAACCCAGCCGGUCUGAGAAGAAGACUACCCUUAAACUGAAUUCCUUAUUAAAUUAAGGCUUAAAGGUAAUCUAACUUUAAAAAUAUAUAUAUAUAUAUAUAUAUUCCCAUACAAGAGUAUUUACAAACAAUCAAUAGAGUGAUCUCUAAAAAGCCUGUGUUUUCAAUGUCUUUUUUCGCCUUUAGAUUGUCAGGAUGGCAACAAGAAUUGCAAGUAUUGGGCAUCGCAUGGUCAUUGCAAAAAGUCUGCUAACUACAUGUCUAAGAACUGCCGUAAGAGUUGCAACCUUUGUCAAGGUAUAUAUAACCACUCAGUGAAAACUUUAAAAUAGAGUAAACGAAAGUUUAAACAUUCUCAUAAUGUUUGAUUGCGGUAAUAUUUGAUUGUGAUAUGAUAUAUGGUACGGUAUAGUUAAAACUUUAUGAGCUCAACCCAAACUUCGAGUCGGUUACCUCCAAAAACACUCGGUCCGUCAAACCUGUCCCUCGAUAACAACACAAAACUCUGAAAGUGUUACAAUUCAUGAAGCAGAGUUGUUUUCAUUUGGCCAGUGAAAAAGUGGGAAGGAAGUUCACGUUGUUUUCUAGAGAGUAUCUCUACAGGCUGCCUCGUGUUCGAAAAAUACAAAAAGGCGAAAUAAAUAACUUGAUUAGUUUUUUUUUAUUGUUAAUUUGUCUUUCUUCUUGUUAAAACAGAGGAAGGAGGAAAAGGACAGGGAGGCGAAGAAGGAAGUAAGUCAGGUUUGGUUUUGUUUAAAGUUUUUCUUCUCAAUCAGCGUUAAUUAAUUAUUUCUCUCUCAUGGUUAAAUUUUGAAUUUUGUUGUAUGCUAAAAAAAAAAUUUAAUUUUUUCAAAAAUAACUUCAACUCAAAAGUCUACUUCAUUUGUUAGUGAGAGAAAAACAAAGUUUCGGUGACUUCUUCGUAAAUCCAUUCCCCUGGUGGUCACAAGCCGCUCCUGGUUUCAUUUAUGGGACCCACGUGACCCAGACCUUAGACAGGGUGUAACGCAGAUGGAAGAAAAACAAUUUGUCAUAGUUAUCAUAUAGACAUAAAAAUAAGCAGGCAUAAUUGCAGAGAAAAACGUGAAGCUUCUAAAGAUGAUUGUCAUCAAGCUUCGCCAUUCCCAAAAUCCGACAGAGCGAAUUGCUAUCUCUGAGAGGCCAGUUUCUGACCUAUUAGAGAGUCGUGAUUGUUAUUUAUAGGAGUGUUUGAAUUCAAUUUGUUAUCAUUUGCGUGCGGCCACUAAAAUUUGGUAGACGGUCCAUGUGCAAAAAACACAGUAAUAGAGGCCACUUGUCCAGAAAUUGUAUAUCAAGCAAUGAAGCCAAGAUUUUCCUAGAAAAAAAGUUAUGAUUUGUUGUAUUUGGCAAAAUAAACAAACCCAGUCUGAGAUAAAGACUACCCUUAAACUGAAUUCCUUAUAAAAUUAAACCUUUAGGUAAUCUAACUUAAAAAUAUAUAUAUUUUUCCCAUACAGGAGAAUUUACAAACAAUCAAUCGAGUGAACUCUAAAAAGCCUUUGUUUGCAAUGUUUUUUUUUCGCCUUUAGAUUGUCAGGAUGGCAACAAGAAUUGCAAGUAUUGGGCAUCGCAUGGUCAUUGCAAAAAGUCUGCUAAUUAUAUGUCUAAGAACUGCCGUAAGAGUUGCAACCUUUGUCAAGGUAUUAUAACCACUCAAUGAAAACUUUGAAAUAGAGUAAAAAAAACGUUCAACAAUUUUGAUAAUGUUUGAUUGAUGUUAUAUUUGAUUGUGGUACGACAAAUGGUACAAUAACUAUGACCUGACGAGCUCAUCAUUUAACAAGCUCUUAGUUGCAAAUAUCUUAGUUAGGAUAAUCACACAGGGACCCACAUUCCCAGACACAUUUGUUAGGACGCAUAUACUGCCUCGCUUACUUGGGUCUCAAUGCUUUUUUUGAAAGAUGACAUGGAAGAACAUCAUAUGCGUCGAUCUGGAGAACUUUCUUUAUUAAUUUUGUGUGGGAGUGCAGCAUACAUUAUAAACAGUAAAAACAGGCUUCGUCUCGUUAAGGGUGUGGUGCAGACUGAAGGCGAAAAAGGACAAAAUCUGAGUGAAAGUUCUUUACGCCACUCCAUGUUUCUUUAAAGUUCGCUGUAUACCGUCUCUUGGUCGAACACAUGAAAGGCAAAAUCAAUACUUAAAGUUUGUUACCGCUAAAGAAUUCUAAUUUCGUAAUUUCUUUCUCCUAUUUAAAUAGACGGAGAGGACAAAGGCGGAGGAGCGGAGGAAGAAGGUAAAAAGUGCCUUUUUUCAAUUAAAAACAUUUUCUCAUUUAUUGCUGGAUUAUCUACCAACAUCUAAUAAAUUGAGCUACAAACAGCUUGUGUUUGAGAUGUUUUUUUUUUGCCAUUAGAAUGUCAGGAUGGCAACAAGCAUUGCAAGUAUUGGGCAUCGAAUGGUCAUUGCAAAAAGUCUGCAAACUACAUGUCUAAGAACUGCCGUAAGAGUUGCAACCUUUGCCAAGGUAUUUAUAACUAAUCAAUGACGAGUAACAAAAUUUUAAAAAUUUUGAUAAUGUUUGAUUGUUGUUAUUUUUGGUUGUGAUGUGAUAUAUGGUACAACAACUAUAUUUUGACGAGUCCAUCACUUAACAAGCUCCUAGUUUCAAAUAUCUGAUUUAGUGAAAUCACACAAAGAUGGAAGACGCGAAGAUCGCUCGUAACUUCACUUAUUAAUCCGAAGUUCAUCUAUGAAAUUCAUAAAUCCAUAGUCUUUCGUCCACUGUCUUGGUAUACCUCGUUAAUAUUAUCUAAAAUCUAAUAACAAUUCAGCUUUUUCCUUAUUAAUUAGAGAGGACCUAGACCGUUAAGAAUGUCAAAAAUUCAAAUAAAAUAAUUUUAAAUUCAGGCAUUGCACAAAAAGAAUAAAUAUCCAUAUAUUCUUUACAGUUUUCUGCAUUUUGCCUCCUAGUCGAAUACACGGAAGGCAAAAUCAAUACUUAAAGUGAGUUAUCGCUAACAAUUCUAAUUUCAUUUUUCCCUUCUCCAAUUUGAAACAGACGGAGAGGACACAGAAGGAGGUGAGGAAGAAGGGAAAAUGGGUCUUUUUUUAAAUUAAAAAUAUUUUCCCCAUUCAUCAAUGGAUUUUAUAAAAUAAUUCAAAUAGUAUGCGCGCUUUGAAACCUAAAAUAAAACCAUUUUACACGAGCGUAUGUAAACACGGUUUUCAUACUGAAUCUUCUCGCGGAGUUCUCCCUGCUAUUUAUUUAGCAGUAACCCAGUUUCUUUAAGUUUGUUUUGAGUACAGUUAUGAAAGAAGAAGAUUUUCCUAAUUUUUCUUUGGAGUUUAAUUUUCCCAGCACUCAAGAAACGGCCGAAAAGCCAAAUGAACUUCAGGAAGCACGUCGCUUUCCUUCGUUGCAAGAAGAGGCUCUUUCAUUAAUUAUUUUAUAAAAGAAAUGUAAAAUGGUUUCCGUGUUGCUUCGCGUCGUGGUUUCCUACGCUUAUCUCGUGUUCUCCCAACCUCCCGCGUGUUUACAUCAGGCCAUGUAAACACAGAAACCAUUUUACAUUUCUUCACUCUACCAACAUCCAAUUAAUGGAGCUAUAAACAACCUGUGUUUGCAAUGUUUUUUCCUUCUGCCUUAAGAUUGUCAGGAUGGCAACAAGAAUUGCAAGUAUUGGGCAUCGCAUGGUCAUUGCGAAAAGUCUGCUAAUUACAUGUCUAAGAACUGCCGUAAGAGUUGUAACCUUUGUCAAGGUAUAUAUAACUAAUCAAUGAAACGUUUAAAAUCGAGUUAACAAAAGUUUAACAAUUUUGAUAAUGUUUGAUUGCUGUUUAUUUUUUUAUUGUGAUAUGAUAGAUACUACAACAACUAUGACUUGACGAGGCUCACUAACUUCAAACCAACAUCACUAGAAUAAUAUGGCAGACAGUAAGGAGAACUACAAAUGAAAUCUUAGAAGUGAAAAGGUACAUGUGAUACUGUUUUCUCCCUUGUAAACAGGUGAAGCGAGAAAAGAACACUCAGGAGGAGGAGAAUUUGAAGAUGAGGAAGACGAUAUGAACGAGGAAGACAAUGAAAAAGAAGAAGAAAAGGGAGACGACGAAAAAGGCGAAAAACAAGAGGAAAAAAAUCACAAAGAAGACCGGCAAAUGUUCUUCGCUUAGAAGUAAAGAUUACUGCUCCGCCGUCACAAUAACCGAUGAGCAUCAACGUUGUAACUCAUCUCGUUGGAAAUUUUUAGAAGCUAAUUGAACUGAUGUUUUAGAACAAGCCUCAGUCUUAUUUACCCAAUAAUAUGUUAGAAUUUAUUGUUGUAUCUUGUAUUCAUGACUAUUUUUAAUUAUGAUGUAAUCUGCUUUGCUUCAGUAGCUAAGGCUGUAGUGCAAAAGCUUUAAACAUUUUUGGGGUUAUAUCUUUACUAGUACUGGUUACAUCUUGAAUGUAAUCAAGGUAAAGUCUUGAUAAUAAAACCCAUAUUCGACAAU